AUGGCAGCAGCUGGGAAUGACUGCUCUUUCCAUGUGUAUUCCCCCUACGCACAGCAAACGUACAGCAACACCUCCUGUUUCUGGGAAAGGCAACCCAUAGGAUGCAUGAGGAUCCACUGCGCAUUCCAUCACAGCAGACCUCGGAAUAUAAAUGGACUGUUUUUACCACCUAGUGAUAAUGCCCCAUUACAACAGGGUGUCCGAGAAGGGAUUCCGCAUCCAGCCCAUCGUCCAGAAUCACUCAGAAAUCCACAGCAUAUUUUACUACCAAUUCACCCUCCACUGAUUAUAAACCUCAGCGACGAACAGGAGGAAGAGGACGAUGGAGAGGACGAUGAAGAGAACUAUGUUUCUAACUGGGUGCCUAAGACUGCUGCAGAUAUGGAAGAGGAAAGAGCAAUAAAGGAAACAUGCUAUCAAUCUGGAGAGUAUUACAGGAUUCAGUACCCUCACGAACACCAGGCAACAAAAAGCGGGUCUUCACCUCGGGAAAAGGAGCUAUUACCCUUGCAAGCUACCGAGCGAGACUUGCAGAAAGGUGAUGGUAAUACAAUGCCUACAAAAUGUCAUAAUACAAAAAGUGAAGGAGGGAGUUCAGGAAGGCGAGUACCAACAGAGAGUAUUCCCAGAACAGAUCGCAGAUCCUUUGAAAAUGGAGAAACAAACCACACGGAGCUGGUGAAGAACCGUCCCUGUACAGAAGUCAAGAAGAAGAAGAAGUGGAUGUCUGAGGAGCCAAGAAAUUCACCCAAUACAGUAACAGGCAAAGGAAUUCACACUUCAGACCCCAAAGUAAAACCAAGUUACCAACAAAGGGGUCAAAGUCAGGGUGAUCAAACUGCUGCUUCUCUUCCUUACGUCAGAGAAGCUGGAAGAAAGACUGACUUCAAUUCUUCAGAACCUCGAAGAUCAGCAUAUGUCGUCUACCGUACUGUCACCGUCAACCAAGAACCAAAGUUCAAUGGAUCUACAGCAGCACCUGAGCCAUAUGGCCAGAAAUGCUCCAAACAAAAGAAUCAGCUUGACACAAACAGAAGAUUUUGGACCCAAACCGAAAACUAUGACAAAUAUACUUCAGGAUCUUACAAUGCACCGACUUGGAGGAAACGAAAUCCACGUGCAAAAACGUUCUCUAAAACAACCGUUCAGCAGAGCCAGGAAGACAUGGAAGUGAACAGAAAGGGAGAACGAUAUGUAGACAGGAGAAAGAGAUGAAGCCAGUACUUCACCUGACAAGAAAAAUCUAAAUUCAAAUAAGGAAAUUAUCAAGCGGAGAUCCAAAGAUGAUAAGA